GAAUGCCUCUGUUCCCCGGAUAUCCGCUGUGCUGUUCCAGCGACCGGAAGCCGUUCCGCACGUGGAGCUAACGCGAAGUUGUGUGUUGCUUCAGAGAGCAAACUGUGACUUUUACGUUAUUUUUGAAGUUUGGAUCCAAGCUUUCGCCGACAUGUUUCUGCAAUAUUACCUCAACGAGAACGGGGACAGAGUCUACACCCUGAAGAAAUCGACUCCUGAGGGGCAGCCCACCAGCUCGGCCCACCCUGCUCGCUUCUCUCCAGACGACAAGUACUCUCGACACAGAGUGAUGCUGAAGAAACGUUUUGGCAUUCUGCUGACGCAGCAGCCCAGGCCUGUCCUGUGAGAGAGAGAGAGAUGGAGGACGACCCUGCAUGGAUGGAGUGAGAGAGAGACGAGACCAAGACGUGGGAUGUGUGGUGGUGAAGAUGUGGCUCCUUCAUCAAGAACAAGAAAACUUCCUGCCACAUAUUGAAGGGACUAUUUUUUUUUUUUGAUCAGCUCCAACAAGAAUGUUACAAGUCAUCUUGAUUUGUUCAUAUUUUAUUUUGUCAAGUUUUUUUCAUGCUAAAUAAAUGUUUGGUUAUCAUUUUA